AUGUCUUCCCAAACCUACCGUGCUAUUGCCCACCGCAAAUUCAAUGCCCUUCAAUCUCUCAUCCCCAAGAACUGGCUCCUCGACCCACUACCCGACCCCCUUCCACUCGACGUUCGCUCACUUGUUUUGAAAAGCACUGUCCUGACUCCAGAUGAACUCUCCAUAACUUCCUCGCACGAUGCGACCUCACUCUCUCAACUCAUCCAUUCCCGGGCGUUGACAUCUGAAGCAGUAACAACCGCUUUCUGCAAGCGUGCCGCCAUCGCUCAACAACUCACCAACUGUCUCUCGGAAGUCCUCUUCCUACCGGCUAUCGAGCGAUCACGUGCUUUGGAUGCUGAAUACAAGCGUACUGGAAAGACAAGAGGGCCGCUACAUGGGAUACCGAUUUCUUUAAAGGAUACGUUCAAUAUGAAAGGCUUUGAUUCUUCGAUCGGCUUCGCAGGUCUCGCAGAGAAUCCUGCAAUGGAAAAUGCCGCGUUGGUCGAUAUACUUCUUGAUCAAGGAGCAGUUCUCUACUGUAAGACCAAUGUCUCGCAAACUCUCAUGGCCUUGGAUUCGCAUAAUCAUCUCUUCGGACGUGUUUUGAAUCCACGGAACACUCGAGUCACGGCGGGUGGAAGUAGCGGUGGUGAAGGGGCCUUGAUUGCAAUGAGGGGCAGUGUUCUAGGUAUCGGCACCGAUAUUGGAGGCUCGGUACGCAUACCUGCCAUGUGUAAUGGUCUCUACAGUAUCAAACCGAGCUCGCAGAGAAUUCCCUUCAUAGGCCAAGAGAUUGGACAACUGCCGGGUAUAGAUAAAUUGGGGUUGCAGGCUAGUGCGGGGCUUAUGGCGACGAGUGUCAGAGACUGUGAGCUAGUUCUGAAAGCUAUUGCGGAUGCUAAUCCGUGGGAGAAAGAUCCGAAUGUCGCUUUCGGGCCGUGGGAAGGGCAAGGGGAAAUAGGCAGAAAACCGCUGUUCGGAGUUAUGAGAGCCGAUGGUAUUACCACGCCACUACCACCAGUUUCCAGGGUCCUUGAUGAAACGGUAGAAGCUAUCCGCAAAGCCGGUUUCGAAGUUGUUGAGAUCAAUGCUCCCGCAUUCAAAAAAUGUCACUCACUAGCCAAUAAAUUUUUCGGUAUCGGAGGGAACAACUAUACAUUUGAUAUACUUGAGAGAACAGGGGAGCCUUUGAUUCCCUGGCUUGACGCGAGAUUGAGAAGAAAGGGGCCUGCAGAUUUGAUGCAGCUUAGCGGAUUACAUGUCAAAAAGUCGGCGUUGGAGAAGGAAAUGCUGGAACUUUGGAGGGAUAAGAAUGGGAGAAAGAUCGAUGCGUUGAUCUGUCCAGUCGCUCCUCAUCCAGUGCCAGAAAUUGACAAGUGGAAUGGUGUUGGUUACACAAGCGCAUUUGUUGUGUUGGAUUAUCCGGCUGGAACACUACCAGUCAGAGACGUCUCAAAUGAUGAUUUAAACGACAAACUACCCGAUUCGGAAGCCCUGGGAGGUUGGGAUUCGAAAAACAGAGAUUUAUGUGAGCUCACUACCUUCAUCCCUCUGGUAUUUUGUCUUUCAUACCACUAUCACAUGUUUCAAUGCUCUUGUUGCCCGUUCCCUUGCAGUGUAGAAGCAGUGGGAAAUUCUGUCUUGCAUGGUUAUGCUAAUCCAUCAGAAAUAGGGCACCCAAACCCCAAUGAUAGGAAUGUAUACUUGAACACGAAGCUAUCAGUUCAAGUUUUAGCUCCUCGUUUACAGGAGAGACGACUUUACCAAGCGAUGAAACUUAUUCAUAAGAUUUUACAUGGUGCUGACUCGGAAACUAGAGCUAAGAUUUUAUCCCAGAGCACAGUAGCUUGA